GAAUCUCAGUUUCACCUCUGUCCCUCAUCAUCUACACUUAAACACAACUGCUUUCAUGAGCAUGGCGUGACACUAGUGUGUGGGGACAGUGUAAGGCUGAUGGAUGGUGGUGGUCACUGUUCUGGGAGAGUGGAGGUUCUUCAUAGAGGACAGUGGGGAACAGUGUGUGAUGAUGACUGGGAUAUGAGAGAUGCUGCAGUGGUGUGUAGAGAGCUGGGCUGUGGGGAGGCUGUAGAUGUACUGGGUAGCUCUCACUUUGGACCAGGAUCAGGACCAAUCUGGAUGGAUGAUGUGGACUGUACUGGAUCAGAGUCUACACUGAAGAACUGUACAUCAGCAGGUUGGGGUAAACAUGACUGUAAUCAAACCAAAAAUGCUGGAGUCAUCUGCUCAGGGGUCAGAUUAGUUGGUGGUCCUCGCUGUUCUGGGAGAGUAGAGGUGCUUCAUGGGAAGAUCUGGGCAACAGUGUGUAUUGAAGACUUUGACCAGCAGGAUGCAGAGGUUGUGUGUAGAGAGAUGGGCUGUGGGCUUCCUGUGGAGGUGCUGGGAGCAGCUGCUUUUGGCAGAGGGGAGGGCCAGGUGUGGACAGAGGAGCUUCAGUGUAGAGGCAACGAAUCCCAGAUUCACCUCUGUCCAAAAUCAUCUACUCUCAAACAUGACUGCUCGCAUGACAAUGAUGUGGGACUGGUGUGUGCUGGGUCAGGACCAAUUUGGAUGAGUCAUGUGGACUGCAGUGGAACUGAGUCUACAGUGAAACACUGUGGAUCAUUGGGCUGGGGUGAACAUAGCUGUCUUCAUUAUUAUGAUGCUGAAUUAUUUUGCUCAGGUAAAAUGCCCAGACUUACACAUGGUCCUCACCUGUGUUCUGGGAGAGUAGAGGUGCUUCAUGGGAAUACCUUGGCCACAGUGUGUGAUGCUAACUUUGACCAACAGGAUGCAGAGGUUGUUUGUAGAGAGCUAGGAUGUGGGCGUCCUAUGAAGUUGCUGGGAGCAGCUGCUUUUGGCAGAGGGGAGGGUCAGGUGUGGACAGAGGAACUUCAGUGUAGAGGCAACGAAUCUGAGGUUUCUCUCUGUCCAACAUCUUCAGUCAAACAGAACUGCUCCCAUUACAAUGAUGUGGGACUAAUAUGUUCAGGUCACACAGCAGUACGUCUGUUGAAUGGCUGGGACUCCUGUUCAGGUCGAGUGGAGCUCCUAUACCUCAGUGACUGGGGCUCAGUUUGUGGGGCUAGCUGGGAUAUGAAAGCUGCCAGUGUCCUCUGUGGACAGCUGAAGUGUGGGAGUGCUGUGGCUUUGUUGGCGGCGGACUGGUUUGGGGAGGGGAGCGGCCGCACCUGGGCUGAUAUUUUUGAUUGUCAUGGGAAUGAGACACACCUGUCAGAAUGUCCCAUCUCAUCAUGGAGUCGAGCAGCAUGCUCUCAUAAACAGGCUGCUGGAGUCAUCUGCAGUGGUUCAUCUCAGGCCUUUCAUGAGGGGCAAGUGCGGUUGUCUGGAGGGAGGGAGUGUGAGGGGCAGGUUGAGGUUUACUUUAUCCAGGACUGGAGGAGAGUUCUCCUGGACUCCUGGAGUGUAUCUGAAGCCUCUGUGGUGUGCAGACAGCUGGGCUGUGGCUCUGUACUGAACUUCUCCAGCUCCUCUCCAUCCAGUCCUGAUCAACACAGCCACAUGUGUGUGAGGGGUUUCAAUUGUUCUGGGAGUGAAGCUCAUCUGGGGAACUGCAGCACUGCAAACCUCCUCAACCUCUCCUGCAGCUCCAUGGAACAGCUGUCAAUCACCUGCUCUGGUAAGUGUUACAUUAACCUAAAAACUGCCCACUCCUCCAUCAGGCUGGUUGGAUCUGGGGGAGACUGUGCAGGAAGGCUGGAGGUUUUCCUCAGUGGAUCGUGGGGGACAGUGUGUGAUGACUCAUGGGAUAUUGAGGAUGCCCAGGUGGUGUGCAGGCAGCUGCAGUGUGGAGUGGCCCUCAGUGCCCAUGUACCAGCCUGGUUUGGUCCUGGAACCGGGCCCAUAUGGCUGAAUGAGGUGCAGUGUGAGGGGAACGAGACGUCCCUGUGGAACUGCAGGUAUCAGUCUGGAGGAAAGCAUGACUGCAGACACAAGGAGGAUGUAGGCGUCGUGUGCUCAGAGUUUAAAGAGAUCAGACUCACUGAGGGGUGUAAAGGGAAUCUGGAAGUGUUCUACAAUGGGACCUGGGGGAAUGUGUGUGUGAAUGAGAUGAAUGAAGAAACAGCAAGUUUGAUCUGUCAAGAGCUGAACUGUGGGAAAACAGGCAGGGAGUCUGGGGCCAGAGCAAGAGUGGAAUCAUCUCCUAACUGGCUGGAUCAGGUGAAAUGUAGGAAACAUGACUCCACUCUAUGGCACUGCCCAUCUGACCCCUGGGGGCACAACAAGUGUGAUAAUGACAAGGAGGUGGCUCACAUUACCUGUUCAGAGCAGAAACAUUUACAAAAACAUGUGAAAUGCUCUUCAUUUCCCCAUCAAAGCCAGUGCUCAGUUCUGCUGCCUCUCAGGCUGAGUGGACCAGAGGGAAGCUGCUCUGGGAGGCUGGAGGUUUAUCAUAAUGCUGCGUGGGGCUCCAUCUGUGAUGAUCAGUGGGACAUCAGGGAUGCUGAGGUGGUCUGCCGACAGCUGGGCUGUGGGAAGGCACUGAGUGCUAAUGGGAGUGCUGCCUUUGGUGCUGGUGAAGGGGCGAUCUGGUUGAACAGAGUGGAGUGUAGAGGGGAUGAAAUUCACCUGUGGGACUGCAGUUAUUCACUGAAGAACCACACUGACUGCUCCCACAAAGAGGAUGCUGGCAUCAUUUGUGCAGACAUCUCCCUGACCCCUGUGAUUACAAGCAAAGUAACCACCAACUCCAUCUCAGUUGGUAAAUCUGAGAUGACAACCAGUCGACCUCUACCUCAACCAGUUACCUCUUCAGUGGUCCUGCUGGUACUGGGAGUGCUGCUCUUCCUGGCCUUGGUGCUUCUCUCUGGGCUGGUUUACCAGAACAGAGUGCUCAGGAGAGUGCUCUAUAAGAGGAGGCAUAAGACUUUGCCUGAAGUAAUCUAUGAGGAGAUUGACCACAGAAUCACCAGUGGAAAAACUCCCAUCUCUGUUCAAAAGGAAUAUAUCGAUUCAGAGGCUCAGCAUUCUGGUUAUGAAGAUGUUGGUAAAGAGCUUCUCUCAGCAAAAUCUGUCAGUGAAGAAAAGACUGAGUAUUAUGAUGAUGCUGUCACCAGUAGUGGUGAUCUAGGGACAGAAAAUCCACAGGAUAAUUACAAUGACAUCACACAUGGACAGACACCUGAUACUGUAGCAAAGGAUGUCAUGGAGAUCUAUGAUGAUGCUGUUACUGUUGGACCAAACUUGCAUGUUACAACAGCUCUCACUCCAGAGUACUAUGAUGAUGUCAUCUCCCCUGGACAAGAUUCUUUAGGUGGUACAGACUAUGAUAACCUGUAAGACACAGAGGAAAGGCUUCAGUCAGAGAAAACCUCAUGAAUGAGAGUGCUUUUGCUCAGGAAAUGACAUUUGACCUCUUGAAACUCAAACAGUGUUUAGAUCACAAAUGGUUCAAUGUCUUGCUUUACCCUUUUGCCAGAACACAUUUUUGAAAAUCAUUUUAAACAUAGAAGCAUCAUAGAAAUACAAUAUUAACCCUUUUAUAUACAUAUAUUACAUGCAUAAUGUUGAAUUUGGUAGCUUGAAAUGGCUGAUAUUUUAUUUGUUGCAAGGGCUCAUUUAUCAGUAUUCAGUGCAUGUGCUCCCUGGGAAUCAAACCCAUGACCAUGGUGAUAUUAGCACCAUGUUCAUAAGAUUAUUAUGGGUUUACACAGUUUUAUAAACAGUUAGCUAGCAUUUAGAUUCUGUUUUGU